CGAUAAUAAAAAUUGAUAGUGUACGUAUUGAUUGCUGGUGGGGAACAACGACUUGCGUUAUUUCGCAGAAGCGCUUCAUAUAAAAGGGUUAGACGAACCUCUUCAGGGCAUCAGUCACCUGAAAGCAUACCAUGGCAGCCAAAGUUUUCACCAUUUUCGCUCUGUGCGUCACGCUGGCCGUGGCCAAGCCGCAAUACUUUGCCGCUGCACCGGCCGUCGUGGCCGCCGCUCCAGUGACCACCGUGUCGCACUCGGCCGCCCUAAGCGCGCACCCUGUUCCCGGCACCAACCUGAUCAGCGGCUACAGCCACCAGGCGGUGCACAAGAUCUCGAGGUCCGCGGCCCUGCUCGCCGUCCCCGCAGCCUCCUACGUGUCUUCCCCGUACGUCGCCGCCGCUCACCCCUUCAGCCCCUACGUCUCAGCACCCUAUGUUUCCGCACCCUACGUUUCUGCCCCCGCAUACUACGUCUGAAGGCUGAACCUUGCCAAUUUUAUUGGAGAUGAAUCUAAUCAGUUAAUUCGUGUAAAUUAUUCUAUGUGAAAAUAAAUUCAUUUUCCGUCACAAUU